AUGGUUAAAUUUAAUGAGAUCACUUUAAAGGAUUGGAGCUUUAGGCAAAUCGGGGAAAAAGUUUGGAAGCCAGCUAGGAAAGGGUUCGAAGCUACGGAAAUUCAUCCUGAUUUGUAUGCUAAUGGUGAUAUUCCAGAUCCAUUCCUUGAUGAUAACGAGAAGACGCUUCAAUGGAUUGGAGAGAAAGAUUGGGAAUAUAAAACCACUUUUGAGGUUGAUAAAGCAGCGAAAGCGGCUGCUAACCAUGAAUUGAUAUUUGAAGGUUUAGAUACAUUUGCGGAGGUUUAUUUGAAUGAAGAAAAGAUCUUGGAAACUGAAAACAUGUUCAUUAUUUAUCGUACUGGAGUCAAUGAUUCUAUUAAGAUAGAUGGUGAAAAUGAAUUACGGAUUGUAUUUAAAUCAGCAUUAUGGAAAGGAAGAGAAUUGGAAGAGACCCAUGGAAGAUAUGUAGGAUCUAAUGGAGAAAUCACUAGAAUGCAAAUCAGAAAAGCUCAAUAUCAUUAUGGGUGGGAUUGGGGCCCAGUUUUUAUGACAUGUGGACCUUAUAGGCCAAUUAAAUUGCAAUCAUAUGAUUCUUCCUUGAAAGAUGUCUACGUUAAAAUUGAUGUUAAUAAAGAUUUGAAGGUAAAUGUUGACGUGCAGUGUGAUAUAGUUACUAAGGAAGGUGUUACUUUAAGUAUCAAAGUGACUUCUCCUGACGGUGAGUUAGUAAAGCAAUCAUUAUCCGACGAAAUUAAGUUUUCAGGGGUUAAUUCAACUAAAUUUGAAAUUGAAAAUCCUGACCUCUGGUUUCCUUUCAGUCAUGGUAAACCAUCUUUAUACAAUUUUGAGGUUAGCAUUCUCGAGAAAGGGAUUUCAGUUCAAACUUGGUCAAAAAAUAUAGGUUUCCGAAGGAUGGAAUUGGUCCAAGAACCCUUGGAUGGCCAACCAGGAACUAGUUUCUAUUUUAGAGUUAAUAAUGUACCAGUUUAUUCAAGUGGAUCUGAUUGGAUCCCAGCCCAUAGCUUUCAAACUUGCAUGACUAAAAAAGAUUAUACUGAAUGGAUGGAAAUUAUGGCUGAUGGUAAUCAAAAUAUGCUUAGAAUCUGGGGAGGUGGUUACUAUGAACAAGAUAUUCUUUAUGAAGAGUGUGAUAGAUUAGGGAUUUUAAUCUGGCAUGAUUUAAUGUUUGCCUGUGGUAUAUACCCAGCAUAUCCAGAAUAUAUGAAGUUAGUCAAAGAGGAAGUAAUUAGUCAGAUGAAAAGGCUCAGAAACUAUUGCUCUAUGGCAUUGGUUUGUGGUAAUAAUGAGGAUUAUCAAUUAGCAGAACAAUUUAAAUUAACUUGGGAUAAAGAGGAUCAUUCUGGAGACUACACAAAAACCGAUUUCCCAGCAAGAACAUUCUACGAGGGCCUUUUCCCUCAACUAGUAGAUGAAUACACUACUGGUAUUCCUUACCACCCUGGUUCCCCAUGGGGUGGUAAGUCUACUAAUGAUCCUACCAUUGGUGAUAUUCAUCAAUGGAAUGUCUGGCACGGGAAACAAGAAAAAUAUCAAGAUUGGUACAAAUUGGGUGGUAGAUUUGUCUCUGAAUUUGGUAUGGAAGGUUUACCAUCCAGAAAGACGUAUGAAGAUUGUAUUACCGACGCUACUGAAAUGUACCCUCAAAGUUAUAUGAUUGAUCACCAUAAUAAAUCCAAGGGAUUUGAAAGACGUCUUGCAUUAUAUGUUAUGGAAAAUCUUAAGGUUGAAGGGUUAGAUUUGGAUUCUUGGAUAUAUGCUACCCAGUUGAUGCAAUCUGAAUGUCUUGGUUAUGCUUACCGAUGUUGGAGAAGAGAAUGGAGAGAGGAUGGUAAAAGAUAUCUGGGAGGAGCUCUAGUUUGGCAAAUUAAUGACUGUUGGCCAUGCGCAUCUUGGGCUAUCGUUGACCAUUACAAGAGACCCAAAUUGGCGUAUUAUUCGGUUAAAAGAGAAAGCAAACCUUUAGGUAUUGGUCUUUAUAGAACUGAGCAUAAAAACCCAAAUAAAUAUCUAGACGAUUGUGGUCCAGGUAACACCCCACCAUUUGAUUAUAGGGAAAUUGACUAUAAAGUUGAUAUUUGGGGGGUUAAUUCAGGAAUUGAUGAUGUUCCAGCAAUCUUAAAGAUUGAUAUCUAUAAUGUCACCUCUGGUGAAAAGGUUGAUGCCUUACCGGAUGAAGAUGUUGUAUUGAGAGCUAACCAAACUACUGAGUUUGUUAAAGAUCGCCCUGUUUCCAAUAAGUUUCCUGCUGUUGUUUAUGCUAGGGUCGUAUCCAAGGAAACUGGUACAAUUAUUGCAAGUGCUGCUGAUUGGCCCCAACCUCUUAAGUAUUUGAAAUUUCCUGGUAGAGAAGUUUCUUUCAAAGUUAAAGACGGAUCAGUAAUAUUUAGUACUAAUAAGCCUGUAAAAGGUGUUGAAAUAAUCCUUGAGAAAGAUUUACACAUUGAUGACAACGGGUUUGAUAUUUUCCCAGAGGACGAAGUGAUUGUUAAGGUUAAAGGCUUGAAAUCGUCCGAUAAGAUUAAAAUCAGAUACUAUCAACAAUAUAAAUAA